AUGAUCACUAUCAAGGAGAGAGAGGGCAGUUCAGAGACUGUCAGAGAGUCUACACCACAGAGAGAGAGAGAGGGCAGUUCAGAGACUGUCAGAGAGUCUACACCACAGAGAGAGAGAGAGGGCAGUUCAGAGACUGUCAGAGAGUCUACACCACAGAGAGAGAGAGGGCAGUUCAGACUGUCAGAGAGUCUACACCACAGAGAGAGAGAGAGGGCAGUUCAGAGACUGUCAGAGAGUCUACACCACAGAGAGAGAGAGAGAGGGCAGUUCAGAGACUUUCAGAGAGUCUACACCACAGAGAGAGAGAGAGGGCAGUUCAGACUGUCAGAGAGUCUACACCACAGAGAGAGAGAGGGCAGUUCAGACUGUCAGAGAGUCUACACCAUAGAGAGAGAGAGGGCAGUUCAGACUGUCAGAGAGUCUACACCACAGAGAGAGAGAGAGGGCAGUUCAGAGACUGUCAGAGAGUCUACACCACAGAGAGAGAGAGAGGGCAGUUCAGACUGUCAGAGAGUCUACACCACAGAGAGAGAGAGGGCAGUUCAGACUGUCAGAGAGUCUACACCACAGAGAGAGAGAGGGCAGUUCAGAGACUGUCAGAGAGUCUACACCACAGAGAGAGAGAGACGGCAGUUCGGAGACUGUCAGAGAGUCUACACCACAGAGAGAGAGAGGGCAGUUCAGACUGUCAGAGAGUCUACACCACAGAGAGAGAGAGAGGGGCAGUUCAGAGACUGUCAGAGUCUACACCACAGAGAGAGAGAGAGGGCAGUUCAGAGACUGUCAGAGAGUCUACACCACAGAGAGAGAGAGGGCAGUUCAGACUGUCAGAGAGUCUACACCACAGAGAGAGAGAGGGCAGUUCAGAGACUGUCAGAGAGUCUACACCACAGAGAGAGAGAGAGAGAGGGCAGUUCAGAGAGUCUACACCAUAGAGAGAUAGAGAGGGCAGUUCAGACUUCAGAGUCUACACCAUAGAGAGAUACAUUCAAAGAUGUUCCAUUGAAUUCUAUGGUAAACACACAGUAAAGUAAUGACAUGCAGAACAGAUAUGCAUUCCCAACAUGUCAAUAGUGUUUCAGGGGAUUAGUUUGAGCAAGGCGAGGCACAGAACCACUCAUCUUGAUCAAAUAAUAGUUGAAAAUAACUUGAAUACAUAGUUAUUUGAUAUGCAAGGAGAUGUAUAAAUCAGUAAUGCUGUGAAGUCUGACUGCAACGUAGUUGAUCUCAAAGACCGUGAAGUCUGCACAUAGUAAACUAAUUCCCAAAGACAAUAAACACAGUCUGCACAUAGUAAACUAAUUCCCAAAGACCAUAAACACAGUCUGCACAUAGUAAACUAAUUCCCAAAGACCAUAAACACAGUCUGCACAUAGUAAACUAAUUCCCAAAGACCAUAAACACAGUCUGCAUAUAGUAAACUAAUUCCCAAAGACCAUAAACACAGUCUGCACAUAGUAAACUAAUUCCCAAAGACCAUAAACACAGUCUGCACAUAGUAAACUAAUUCCCAAAGACCAUAAACACAGUCUGCACAUAGUAAACUAAUUCCCAAAGACCAUAAACACAGUCUGCACAUAGUAAACUAAUUCCCAAAGACCAUAAACACAGUCUGCACAUAGUAAACUAAUUCCCAAAGACCAUAAACACAGUCUGCACAUAGUAAACUAAUUCCCAAAGACCAUAAACACAGUCUGCACAUAGUAAACUAAUUCCCAAAGACCAUAAACACAGUCUGCACAUAGUAAACUAAUUCCCAAAGACCAUAAACACAGUCUGCACAUAGUAAACUAAUUCCCAAAGACCAUAAACACAGUCUGCAUAUAGUAAACUAAUUCCCAAAGACCAUAAACACAGUCUGCACAUAGUAAACUAAUUCCCAAAGACCAUAAACACAGUCUGCACAUAGUAAACUAAUUCCCAUAUUCUACUACUCUUCAGCGCUCGGUUCUCUCAGCUUUCGCACCAAUGGUUCCAUGUUAUGUUAGAACCCUCUGAACUGUUAGAUUAGCACCAAUAGUUCCAUGUUCUGUUAGAACCCUCUGAACUGUUAGCUUAGCACCAAUAGUUCCAUGUUCUGUUAGAACCCUCUGAACUGUUAGCUUAGCACUAAUGGUUCCAUGUUCUGUUAGAACCCUCUGAACUGUCACAGAACCAUAAAACGUAGACAUGGAAUGAUCUUAGGUCGUCUGUGACUUGAUGUUCCAUGGCCGGCAUGCUGUCCUAUCCUGGGCAACGGGUGGGGCAGUCAUGACACGGUUGGGACUUGAUGUUCCAUGGCCGGCAUGCUGUCCUAUCCUGGGCAACGGGUGGGGCAGUCAUGACACGGUUGGGACUUGAUUGACCUUUCUGUUCUAUGAUCUUUUAAAAGCACGUAGGCAUUACUACCAUCGCUUCCCAAAUGGCACCCUAGCCAUUACAUAUAGUGCACAUUUGGGAUGCGGUCUACAUUUCUUUCAAAUGAAGGUUUGAAGGGGGUGACUACAUGAAGGACAUAUUAAUACAUAUAUUAUAUAUUAUGUAUAUAUUUUACUAAGACGGUCCUUCGCUGAAACGGAGAGGGCUGAAAACAGAAUGGGUUCUAUAAUAGAACUCUAAUGGUUCUGAACCAUAGGAUGGGUUCUAUAAUAGAACUCUAAUUGUUCUGAACCAUAGGGUGGGUUCUAUAAUAGAACUCUAAUGGUUCUGAACCAUAGGGUGGGUUCUAUAAUAGAACUCUAAUGGUUCUGAACCAUAGGGUGGGUUCUAUAAUAGAACUCUAAUGGUUCUGAACCAUAGGGUGGGUUCUAUAAUAGAUCUCUAAUGGUUCUGAACCAUAGGGUGGGUUCUAUAAUAGAACUCUAAUGGUUCUGAACCAUAGGGUGGGUUCUAUAAUAGAACUCUAAUGGUUCUGAACCAUAGGGUGGGUUCUAUAAUAGAACUCUAAUGGUUCUGAACCAUAGGGUGGGUUCUAUAAUAGAACUCUAAUGGUUCUGAACCAUAGGGUGGGUUCUAUAAUAGAACUCUAAUGGUUCUGAACCAUAGGGUGGGUUCUAUAAUAGAACUCUAAUGGUUCUGAACCAUAGGGUGGGUUCUAUAAUAGAACUCUAAUGGUUCUGAACCAUAGGGUGGGUUCUAUAAUAGAACUCUAAUGGUUCUGAAUCAUAGGGUGGGUUCUAUAAUAGAACUAAUGGUUCUGAACCAUAGGGUGGGUUCUAUAAUAGAACUAAUGGUUCUGAACCAUAGGGUGGGUUCUAUAAUAUAACUAAUGGUUCUGAACCAUAGGAUGGGUUCUAUAAUAGAACUAAUGGUUCUGAACCAUAGGGUGGGUUCUAUAAUAGAACUCUAAUGCUUCUGAAACAUAGGGUGGGUUCUAUAAUAGAACUCUAAUGGUUCUGAAUCAUAGGGUGGGUUCUCUAAUAUUACUCUAAUGGUUCUGAACCAUAGGGCGGGUUCUGUAAGAGAACUCUAGUGGUUCUAGGGUUCUUUUGACUCUGUGCUCCUGUCUGGCUUCAUAGUAACUGCUUGUCAGAGCUUCUGUCAAGUCGUUUCCCAACUGUUCCAUCUGUAUAGCAUGUCAAUAAAACACAUUCUGUCUGGA